AGAGGGAGAGAGCGAUGUUGGGUGUGUAUUGGGGUGGUAGAUCCUGUAGUGAUUACAGCUGAGCAGAGACAGAGCGAGGGAGGGCACCUUGUGUUCAUCAGAGUUUUAUCGUUGUCUAAGUUUAGAUCUUGGCUCACAGACGGCUUCUCAAGUAACAAGGCUGCAGGCUCACUUCAGCCACUCCACACUGAGACAGAAACAGAGCUCCACACAGAACUUUAAAGGGAGACGAGCAAAGCCACAGAAGAGUGGCAAGUCAGAAGAAAAUAAGAAGAGAGGCAGAGGAGGGGCCCUCAGCAAACACUGUCAUAUAACGAGACAUUUCAAGCAGGAGACACAGACGUAGAGAGAGGAAGAGCACAAACUGGACUAUUCUGCUUGCAAACAACUCUUCACCACAUCGGUUUAUCUCUGCUCUCAAACUGCCGGGACUGGACGAUGACAGAGGAAGCAGAAGUGGAAGUCAACCUGUCUCCAACAUCCGGGUCUGAGCAACAGGCACCACAUUUUCUACGAGAUGUUAUCUUCCAUGGCAAGUUUAAGCUGCUGAAGGCUCUAACCCCAGAGGAAAACAUCCACUGCCAGCACGGCCUGUACUUCCAGGAUGGUCAGCGGCGUGUUGACUAUGUCCUCACCUACCCUGUGAAGAAGCCUGGUGGGGGCCGCUCCAGUCGACAGUCAACACACCUGCUGACUGAGAACGCUGUCGCCCGCAGCCUACGCCGUGGCGUCCACAGCCGUGGCAUCCACAGCCGUGGCGAACAUCCUCGACACCACCAAGCACAAAGGCCGAAAGAUUCAUCGUCCCUGCCAUCAUCACCAGUGGCUGAUGUGGAGCUGGGCUGUCUGGGAGAGACCUUCAAUGGCCAGGAGGAUCAUAAGGCGUUCAGGAGGGAGGAGUUUGAGGGGAAACUGAGAGACACGGGGCUGGAGCUAGAGAAGGAUGAAGAUACCAAGAUCCCAGGGGUGGGCUUUGUGAAGAUCCAUGCUCCUUGGACCAUUCUCUGUCGAGAGGCGGAAUUCAUGAAGCUAAAGAUGCCCACCAAGAGGGUGUAUGAAGUCAAGCAGUCGACUGGUGUUAUGGAGAAGAUCAGCUCACUGGUCAGUAAGGUUCUGGAGCCUCUCCACCCUCAUGUUGAGGAGCAUCAACCCAAGAACAUCAAACAUCUGUCACACACUUUCUCCAGGGAAAAACAACACCUGUUUGACCUCUCAGACAAAGAUUACUUCUUCGACAGCAAAACCAGGAGUUCAAUAGUUUUUGAAAUACUAAAAAGAACAAAAUGCAAGGCCAAGUACAGCAUGGGUAUCACCAGCCUCCUUGGUAGCGGUGUCUAUACAGCAGCUUAUCCUCUUCAUGAUGGAGAUAUUAAUGAGGAGAGUGCAGAAUCCAAUGACAGAAAGCUUUUGUAUGAGGAGUGGGCAAACUAUAGUGUCUUCUACAAGUACCAGCCCAUUGGACUUGUGCGGAAAUAUUUUGGCGAGAAGAUUGGUCUUUACUUCGCCUGGUUGGGCCUGUAUACACAGAUGUUGAUUCCUGCCUCUCUAGUGGGGGUCAUUGUCUUUCUGUAUGGAUGUGCAACAGUCGAUGACAACAUACCAAGCAUGGAGAUCUGCCACCCAAGGAACAACAUCACCAUGUGUCCUCUGUGUGACAGAGUGUGCAGCUACUGGAAGCUUAGUACAGCCUGUGGAACAGCUCGGGCCAGUCACCUGUUUGACAACCCUGCCACAGUUUUCUUCUCUAUAUUCAUGGCUCUGUGGGCUGCCAUGUUCAUGGAGCAUUGGAAGAGGAGGCAGAUGAGACUGAACUACGAAUGGGACCUGACUGGGUUUGAAGAUGAGGAGGACCAUCCCAGGGCUGAAUAUGAAUUCAGGGUAAUGCAGAAGUCUUUGAGUAAAGAUCAGAAAUCACAGCACAAGGUGGAAAAGCUCAACUAUCAAGACCGCCUCCCUGCCUACAUGACUAACAUUGUCAUGAUGCUGUUAAUGAUUGGUGUUACAUUUGCCAUUGUGUUUGGUGUGAUCCUCUACCGGAUCUCCACCAAAGCCGCUCUUCAUAUGAGCUCCAAUCCUACCACACGGAACCAUGUACAGCUGACUGUUAAAACCACUGCAGCCAUCAUCAACCUGGUGGUCAUCCUCAUACUGGACGAGGUGUAUGGAGCUGUGGCACGAUGGCUCACUGUGUUAGAGGUUCCUAAAACAGACAAGAGUUUUGAGGAACGACUGAUCUUCAAGACCUUCAUUCUCAAGUUUUUCAAUGCAUUCACCCCUAUCAUCUACAUUGCUUUCUUCAGGGGAAGACUGGUAGGCAGACCAGGCAGCUAUCUGUAUGUGUUUGAAUCCUACAGAAUGGAAGAGUGUGCUCAUGGAGGCUGUCUGAUGGAGCUGUGUAUACAGCUGAGUAUCACCAUGUUGGGAAAACAGCUAAUUCAAAACAACCUUUUUGAGAUUGGAAUACCCAAGUUGAAGAAGCUGAUUCGUUACAUUCGGUCAAAGCAAGGUGCUUUUCAAGAGGAAGAGAGACAGAAGAAGCUGCAAAGAUACGAGGCUGACCACUUUCUGGAACCAUUUGCUGGGUUAACACCUGAAUAUAUGGAAAUGAUCAUCCAGUUUGGUUUUGUUACAUUGUUCGUGGCAUCAUUCCCCCUGGCUCCACUCUUUGCUCUGCUCAACAACAUCAUUGAAAUACGGCUUGAUGCCAAGAAAUUUGUGACAGAGUUGCGAAGACCAGUGGCAGCAAGAGCCAAAGACAUUGGUAUAUGGUACAACAUACUGAGAGGGGUAGCAAAAGUGGCUGUCAUCAUUAAUGCAUUUGUCAUCUCCUUCACUUCAGACUUCAUACCUCGGAUGGUCUACCAGUACAUGUACAGCCCAGAUGGCUCCAUGCAUGGAUUUGUCAACCAUACGCUGUCCUAUUUUAACGUCAGCCACUUCCAGGAAGGCAAAGAAACCAUGGAUCCAUUGCAGCUCGGCUACCCCGUUGAGAUUUGCAGGUAUAAGGACUACAGAGAACCUCCUUGGUCGACCACUCCAUAUGAGAUCUCCAAGGAGUUCUGGGCGGUGCUAGCUGUCCGUCUGGCCUUUGUCAUUGUUUUCCAGAAUGUUGUGAUGCUGAUGAGCGACGUUGUGGACUGGCUAAUUCCAGACAUCCCCAAAGACAUUAGCCUUCAGAUCCACAAGGAGAAGAUUCUAUUGGUAGACCUCUUCAUGAAAGAAGAGCAAGGCAAGGUCCAUAUCCUCGAGAGCAGGACCUCUGCAGUAGGCAAGGAGAACUGCAGCAGUGGCAACAACAACAACAGCACAAUGGCUCACCAACGCUCUGGACUGCACACCAACAGCACCAACAGCUUCUAAUGCUUCUAACAAUGAUUUCUUAGUUUAGUAUUAGUUAGCAAGUCAAAGCCUGCUAGCAGCCUGCUUGCUCGGGCCAAUCUAAAAUCUUAUGUUUUUGUUCUUGUUCAGAACAUUCCAACAAUAUGGAGAGCAGCUGCUGAUGAGGUGUGAGGAAAGUAAAGGUGGGGCCAAAUAUGUCACAGUGUGUGUUGAACGUUGUGAAACUGUAUCUCAAUCUGUACAUGUGUACACAUCAGUGAAUGCAGUUAACAAUCUCUGAAUGUGUCCUCAGAUUUGAGAAUGUGAACAUAAAUCUUUAAACACACAGUAUGUCAUUUUCUACUGCUGUGGGUCUCCCAAUCAAAACCUUAACAAAGGAGAGUUUGGUGACAUCAUGAAGUAGUAUGGGAUCACAGAAGUCACUGUUGUCACCGCCAUUGCUGUCAUUGCCGUUAGGAUUCCUUCAGUGUCAGUCAUUUUCGAAACGAAUGGAGCAGGUGAUUAAAUCCAGUAAAAACAUUGAAUAAAGAAGCAUUUCUCUGAUGCUGUUUAGCAAUCACAGGAUGUCUUGAAGGGGUGAACUGCAAACACAGCUAUAGCUAAUGUUAAGGAAAGUGUCCUUGAGUUAUUAUUAUUAUCUGUAUUAGCUUGUUUCCCUGGUAACUUAGUAUCUGGUUUAUUGUAAAAAAAAAUGUGGCUUUAAACUGAAUUAAAAGUCAAUUCUCCUCUGUCAGACAACCACAACACUGGCACAUGCACAAAGAUGAUAUGAUGCCAUCAACAGGCAGCCAAAUUAAACAGACCAUUACUUUGAUUAAAGUUAUGUAUUUCUUGAGGUUUGAAAAUCGCUGGAAACAUUUGGGAUAAAGUACACAACACAACCAAACACAUUUGUUGCAAAUACACACAACCAAACACAGAAAUUAUGAACCAUGCUGGGAUGUGCUUGUUGUUCAGUGUCUUUCUGUACUGUCAUGAUUCAACAGUCAUACAAGUUGGUAGACUUUGUUUAUUAGCUGUAAAAAUAAUACACACUACAUAGAAUGCUUUACUUCCACUCAGGAUCCCUGUGGCCUGACAGGUGGGCAGUGCGUCAUCCUCAUAGACCCCAAUAGCUUGGACCCGGGUACACUAAAGCAACACAACACUCAAACUUCCUGGCAGACAGAUUACCACACAUAUACAGAUCUCAGGCAUGGCAGGAAUGCAGCGUAAGUCACAUGUUAAAAGAUUUUAAGUCAUUUAUAGGCGUAUCCGUAUUGGAGGUAGAAUGAAAGAAAUUUCCAGCUCUUGAAGCCAAAUACUAAGACCUUUCAUACCUAAACGGCAAUUAACGUUGGGAUUUAGAGUACACACAUGUACAAUAUUUGUACUCAUAUUCACAAACCUGAGUGGUCAUUACAGAUUUGUGGACGCACUCAGAAAUUUGCAGUAUAAAUGUACAGAUAGAGGGGCGGUUUCACAACACCUCACCCACAUUAGCAAAUCAUUUUGCUUCAUAUUUGGCUCCUCACAAAUGUCCACUAAACACAGUGUCACAACAGGGGCACAGAAACAUGAGGAGAACAGGCACGGUGUACUACAGUGCCUACAGUUGGAGGAGGAGUGGGUCAUCCACUGCUCAGAGGGUCAGUGGUUCAGUCCCUGGUUCCUCCAGUCCUUGGCCAAGAUACUGAACCCUGACGGCAUACCAUCCAUGUGAAUGUGUUAGAGCGCUAUAUAUACGAAGAACAAGCGCUUGUGUGAAUGUGUGUAUGAAUGAAUGAAUGUGACCUGUGGUGUAAAGCGCUUUGAGUGGUCGACAUGACUAGAAGAGCACUACAUAAAUGCAGUUCAUUUACCAUUUACAACACACUUGCAUUUUUUCAUGUAAUAGAUAAUUAAAAAAUGUCUUAUAUACACUUCAUUUGUUAGUUUUCUAAUACAAUGCAUUAACAAGCUUUAAGCUGUAGUUUUGUAUUAGUUGUCUGUUCUUUAUUAUUAUAUGUUUCGCCUGCCACUAUAACUAGACACUAACACUGAAAAAGAAGACUCACUUUACUGUGCAGAAAUCUCUCAAGACUAUUUUGAAUUUAAUUGCUGUGAUGUUGCUUGCAAUACAUCAUCUUGUACUGUGACCGAAGCAAUGAUGCUGUCUCUCCUGCUUAAUAAAAUGUGGAGAUAAAUUUCCAUGUUUACUCUGAAUAAAUAUUUCUAUAUCAUCUUCA